AUCACGUUACACGGUAGAGUUAUGUUGGAAAUCUAAACUUGUGAGAAAUAAUUUCAGAAUAUCGAUGUUAAAUGGCUCAGAGGGAGAUAGCUAUUUUGCUGACAGGUUGUGGAGUUCAUGAUGGUACAGAUAUACAUGAAGCAUUUGCCUGUAAAGCAGCUGUUACUGCUGUUGGGUUUCUACCUGUAUUCUACUCACUUGAUAAGGAUCAAGCCGAGGUUAUUAAUCAUCUAGUUCCUGCUGUUAUGACAAGCUGUUCAGAAGACGACAAGAAAACAUGUUCUCGGAACAUGUUUGUAGAAUCUGCGAGGAUAGUUGGAGGUCGACCCAACCUUUUAGAGGAGCUAGAUAUGUCUGUAACUUAUGGUUUGUUGAUACCGGGGGGCGGAGGAAUUCUCAAAAAUAUUUCUAAUAUUUUGUCCUUCGUCAAAAAAGAGGAGCCUUCUCUACAAGUUGAUGAAGAUGUUGUUUCUUUUCUAAAUCAGUUUCAUGAAGCUCAUAAACCCAUCGGAGCUAUAUCACAUGGUAUUCUACUCCUAGCUGCAGUAUUCAAGGAUGUUGAAGUAACCUUCGGGGAAGCUGAUGAAUCAGGAUUCAGUGAUAUAGCAGAACUACUUGGUGCUAAGGUUAUAGGUUCGACUGGGGUUCAUCUUGACACAUCUAACAAUUUACUUUCGACACCUGGGUCUAUUGAUGAAAGUUUGGAGGUGGCGAUGAGCAUAAACCAAUUGAUCGAGAAGAUGAUGGAUUUAAUUGACUCGUCGUUGUAAGAUUGAUGAUAAAUAAUAAAUAGAAUAUAAUUCAUUA